UCUCUCUCUCUCACUUAUUUCUCAUUCUCUUUCUCUCCCUCACAUUUAUCAUCAUCUUCAUCGUUACCACAACGCAAAAUCUUCAUCUUCCCAUGAUAAUUUUGUCUCUUCCAUUGGAUUUUCCUUGUUUCAAUAUUUUUCUCUAUUCUAUUUACAAUUUUGUUGUGAUUUUUUCCAAUUCGUUGGGAUUAAGGUGUUAAUUCAAUUCUGUGAAUUAAAUCAAUCCACUGAAUUUAUCUUCAUCAGAUUAUGUUCCCUAUUGUUAAAUCUUGAUGAAUACACUUGUAGAUUACAAUCAUCAUCGUGCAUUUAUGAUAAAUCUUUAAUUUCGUCAAUCAUUUUCUCUCUUGUUUAUUUUCCCUCUUUCAGCUUUUCCAUCAGUAUCUUCUGUUUACACCCUGGUUACUGAAUCCACUGUUUACAUAUCACAUCUGACGACAUGGAACCAGCACCAAGUGUAAUUGCCAAAAGGAUGAUAGACAUUGAAUCGCCUCGUUACGAUCAAAGUACUUACCUGGGUCGAGCUAAACACUUUUUCGUUGUCACCAAUCCAUUGAAUUUAUUCAAACCUUCAUCUGAACUUGUUAAGGCUAAACAAGUUGUUGAAGAUUACAGAAAUGGUAAAGAUAUUGGCCCAUUAACCGAGGAUCAACUCUGGUAUUACAAAUAUCUUUAUGACAGUGCUCAUCAUCCGGAAACAGGGGAAAAACAACUCAUUAUUGGUCGGAUGUCGGCUCAAGUACCAAUGAAUAUGUUCAUUACUGGUUGCAUGUUAACUUUUUACAAGAGCACUAAACAAGUAAUCUUUUGGCAAUGGUUUAAUCAGUCUUUCAAUGCAGUCGUUAAUUAUACUAAUAGAAGUGGAACAUCUGAUAUUCCAAUUUCUCAAUUAGGUACUUAUGCUUUCGCAACGAGUGGGGCUUUGGUCACUGCCUUGGGUCUCAAUAGUUUAGUCAAAAGAGCUCCCCCACUGGUCGGUCGAUUUGUACCUUUUUGUGCUGUCGCUGCGGCGAAUUGUGUUAACAUUCCCAUGAUGCGAUCAAAAGAAAUUCGAGAAGGUAUCACUCUCUAUGACGAGAAUAAUAACCCGGUCGGAGAAUCGAAAGUGGCAGCGCAAAAGGCUAUUACUCAGGUCGUUCUUUCGAGAAUUGGAAUGGCUGCUCCUGGAAUGACUUUACCGCCUAUUUUAAUGAACUAUCUUGAGAAAAGAGGAUUUCUCAGGCGAAUGCCCUGGAUCAAUGCUCCACUUCAAGUCGUAAUCUGUGGUUUCUUCUUAAUAUUCACAACUCCAUUAUGCUGUGCACUUUUCCCUCAAAAAAGCUCAAUAUUAUUGGACCAAAUUGAACCAGAACUUCGUGAAGAAUUGAAGAAACUGCCUCAACCCCCGGAAAAAUUAUAUUACAACAAAGGAUUGUAAAUAUAAUCAAUUAAAACAUUUCCAAAGUUCCAAUAGGACAUCAUCUUCCCUCUCUUUACUCGGAAUCAAACGAACAGUUUAAUUGUUUACCAAUGGAUCUAAGAUUUAAACAGAAAGGAAAAUUAAUAAUCGAAGGAAAAAAAAUCACUUAUUGAAUUUGUGUGUUCGAAUAUCAAUAUUUUAACAAUUAUUUUCUAAAUUGUAGUUACUACCCAUCUUGUUGAUCAUUAAAAUAAUAUUAUUGUUA